AUGGCUCGCAUCGUCGUCAUCGGCUCUGGGGUUGUCGGCCAAGCAACCGGUAAGGGCUUCGCGGAAAAGGGGCACGCAGUUCGCUUCGUCGACAUCGAUUCUGCCACGAUCGAGAAGCUCUGUAGCGCCGGUCUGGUGGCCAUGACGGUGUCCGAGGUCGACUGGGACGACGUCGACAUCGUGAUGUUGGCCGUCCUGACGCCGACAGUUGACGGCCGCGUCGUGCUCGAUUACAUCGAAACCGCCGCGCUCGACGUCGGCCGUGGCCUCGCGACAACAGACAAUUUCGUGACGGUGGUGGUGCGCAGCACCGUUCCCCCGACGACGACGGAGAAGCACAUCGCGCCCAUCCUCGAGCGCGCCUCCGGCAAGCAGCUCGGCCAGGGGUUCGGCCUGGCAAUGAACCCCGAGUUCCUGCGCGCCGCCAGCAACGAGCAAGAUUUCGCGCGGCCGUGGAUCACCGUCGUCGGCGCCAACGACGCGCGCACGGCGGCGACGAUGGACGAGCUGUACCGGCCGUUCGGCGCCGCGGUCGUCCACUGCACGCCGACCGAGGCCGAGAUGAUCAAGUACGUCAACAACGUCUACAACGCGGUCAAGAUCAGCUACUUCAACGAGGUGCACGCCAUCUGCGCCAAGGUCGGCCUCGACGGCCACCUCGUCGGCGCCGCCGACACGGAGGCGUUUCUGCAGUUCGCGCGCGGGCUGGGCGUGGGCCACCUGAUGCUCGAGUCGACGAUCGAGGUCAACCGCCGGCUCAAGUCGAGCGUCCCGGCCGUGCCGUCGCCCGACAAGAUCGACGCCGUGCUCGACGCGGUCCGCCGGCGCGGUGGCGCGCUCGAGGAGCCGGAGAAGCUGCUGUUAGCAGUGGGCAAGUCGACACCGACUAUUCUGUGA